AUGAUUGCCCUUCCUUUCCUAUACAUCCUUCUUCUUGGAUUUCUUUUCCCCCUCUGUUAUUCCCAUCCAAAAGAUCAUUCCAUCAACUUACCAGAUGCCCUGGUUAUUGAGGAAAAACUAACCGAGGAACUCCCAAUUGGACAUGCGGUUUUAAACCUCAAUAAAGCCAUCACUAUCCACGACGCCCAUCAAAAUUCUUCCCAGUUUCCUCUCUCAGCUGAAUCAAGGUAUUUCACCCUUGUUCCCGCCGAACAGUAUGAGUACUUCCGUGUCUCUCUCAAUCAUGAUUUAGUUGUUAUUAAACGAAUUGAUAGGGAAGCUAUUUGCUCAGCUAAUGAGCCUGAGGGAUGUCUUCUUCGAUUGCAGAUAAAUUGUCUCCAACAAGGUGAACUCAAUUCAAGAACACGGCUAAGAACAGUAUUCGUACGGUUUAUUCUGGAUGAUAUCAAUGAUAAUCGUCCUGUCUGCCAAAUUCCAUCUAAUGCUCUUAAGGAUGAACAGUAUUCCAUACCCACAAUAGAAGUUCUUGAAAGCGUACAGUUAAAUGAAGUUCUCGCAUCAUGGAUCGUGAUCGACGCAGACACUCCGAAGUAUGGUAUCCAUGGAUUUCGUCAUUUGAAAACUUCUCCCCAUGAUUUUUCAGGCGAUCAAUUUUCCCUUGAUAUAGCAGAAACUAAUCUACUUCAGCGUCCAUGGCCUAAAGUCACCUUUCAACUACGAUUGAAUCGUCCCUUUAAAAAGCAAUCGGUGUCGUCAAAUCCUAAACUCCUUGGGGAUUAUCUAAUCAAGUAUGCGGUUUGGGAUAGUCAAGAGGAGCCCAGCGAUUAUAACCCUUCUUACAGAACAGUAUGUCAUCUUCGCGUUCAUGUUUUGGAUGUCAACAAUCAUAGUCCCGAGUGGGCCACCCCUCAGGAAUUUCAGCUUAAUCAACCUGUUCACAUUGAUCUGAAGGAAGGUUCGGUGGGUGAUGUGGGUAGGAAUGGCCACAUCUUGAAACUUGAGGCAAGGGAUGGGGAUAUUGGCCCAAAUGCUCGAAUUCAAUACCACAUGAUGACGAAUGCUGACAAGAUAUCAGAAGCCGAUGAUCUUCUCAAUGGCCUUCUACAUCUUGAUUCCCGAACUGGUAUUUUACGAAUACGCCGUUAUCCCCUUGAUUAUGAAGCGAUCGCACGUCAGUUGCCCCUGAAACAAACGUCUCCCGAUGGCACUGAAUCUGCCGGUAUACGAUUUUUUGUCAAAGCAUUGGAUUCGCCAAAAGAUGAGUCACAGCAACGAAGCAGUCCCAUAGGAGAGAUUGCACUUUACAUUCAUGAUAUCAAUGACUCCCCUCCAAAAAUCACUGUCCUUCCAAUUUCAAUUGUUUCACCACACUCGUCUUUCAGUCUGAGUGGCAAGAAGACUCUUAGCGUUAGAGAAAAUCUUCCAGCCCUUGAACCGAUUGCAACAGUGACUGUAGAAGACUUCGACACAGGAGUUGGAGGUCGGGUUGAAUGCGACCUCAUUGAGAGUCCCUCGAAAAAUUCAUCAACUCCUAAUUUUCGCCUGAUUAAGACGACUUUUCCGGAAUGGCCAACGAAACCAAGGAAUACCGGCUAUCAAAUUCUAACUUCUGGUCCUUUGAAUCGUGAACUUCAGAGUUCUCAUGAACUACGAUUGAUUUGUAUUGAUGGCGAAGGAUCAAGUGAUCCUAAUGAAAUAAGGCUGACCUCGGUUGUGAGUAUAUACGUCCGAGUACUGGAUGAAAAUGACUGCGCGCCCAAGGCGUCUAAUGAAAAUGAAUUUCUUUCUGAUGGAACUACUGUAGCUUGCAGGGUUGUCGAGAAUGUUAAACAGGGUACAAAGAUUUGUCAACUGAUGGCAUAUGAUGCAGAUGAGGGUGAGAAUGCAGUAGUGGAGUGGACGGCUGGCAGGGAUGCUCCACCUUGGCUGAAAGUGGAUGCCUCAACUGGUUGGUUGAUUGCAUCAGGGCCUGGUGGACCUGACAGAGAGAUUGCUGAAAAUCAUAACUUCUCAGUCAUCGCCACUGAUGGUAGACGUGGAGGAACACGACUUUCUACGACUAUUCAUGUCUUUCUCGAAGUUACAGAUGUAAACGAUCAUGCUCCUGAAAUCGGAUCAUUUUUCUAUUUCGCCAUCUCAGAGUCAGCUCCUCCUGGAACAUUCAUUGGACGUCUGAAUGCAACAGAUCGGGAUAAACCCGGAACUGAUAACUCUGCUCUAACAUUCUCAAUUGCUGGAAUACAACCAUAUGAUUCCACCAGACAUGCAUCUUUCCCUGAAAAUGAGAAAUCUGGAUUGUGGUCUCUGUCGUCAAGCCCUGGUCAGAAAAGCAAGAUUCCAGUUGUGGUAAGUAGCAACGAUUUUGUUUCAUUUACUAUUACUAAGCCAGAUUUGAGAAUUAUUUGUAUUACCAGUGACUUAUAA